AUGUUUCGUACUACAAAUUUCGACAGACUGUUGGAUAAAGCCACAAGUCACUUACAGCUUGAACCUGACUGGCCUACAAUUUUACAAAUUUCCGAUCUUAUACGGCAAAAUGAUGUUCAGCCAAAGCAAGCACUUGCUGCUAUAAAAAAGAAACUAACCAAUCCUAAUCCACAUGUAGCUUCAUAUGCUCUGCUAGUAUUAGAAUCUUGUGUUAAAAAUUGUGGAUCACGUAUCCAUGAUGAAAUCGCUACUAAACAAUAUAUGGAACAACUUAAAGAAUUAGUAAAAUCAUCAACUCAUGAACAUGUUAGACAGAAAAUAUUUGAAUUAAUACAAGCUUGGGCAUAUGCAUUUCGAAAUAUUCCUAAGUAUAGGGCAGUGCAGGAUACAUUAAAUAUUAUGAAAAGUGAAGGUCAUAUAUUCCCUACUUUACAAGAAAGCGACGCAAUGUUCAUGGCUGAUACUGCUCCUGAGUGGACAAAUGGUGACGUUUGUCACCGUUGUCGUAUAACAUUUACUUUUCUUCAACGAAAACACCAUUGCAGAGCCUGUGGUCAAGUAUUUUGUGGUCAUUGCUCGAGUAAAGUAUCUACAUUACCUAAAAUUGGAUUUGAAAAAGAAGUUAGAGUAUGUGAAGCAUGUUUUGAACAAGUUAAUAAGCCUUCUACUACCCAAUCAAAAGAAACUGAUUUACCAGCUGAAUAUUUGAGCAGUUCUUUGGCUCAACAACAACAGGUUCCUCCUAGAAAAACAGAGGACGAAAUUCGUGAAGAAGAAGAUCUGCAAUUGGCUAUAGCUUUAAGUCAAAGUGAAGCAGAACAAAAAGAGAGAGAAAAGAAACGAGCAACAAAUGCUCUGAAAUCUAAUGCCGUUUCUGUAUCUAAAACAACAUAUUCACCUCCCCCAUCUCCUGGACCAAGUCCAUCGCGAAUUCAGGAUGAAGAGGAAAUUGACCCUGAACUUGCAAAAUAUUUAAAUCGUAGAUAUUGGGAGCAAAGACAAACAGCAAUAGAAGAGCAUAGUGGAAGAACAGAUGUAACCAGUCCUUCUGCACCUAAUAUAAGCAGUCCUAUGCCUCAGAAAAUUGUCAUUGCAAAACAGCAAAAUGGAGAAGUUGAUAUAGAAAUGGAAGAGUUUGUCAGUGCUUUAAGAUCUCAAGUAGAAAUUUUUGUAAAUAGAAUGAAAAGUAAUUCUUCUAGAGGAAGACCUAUUACUUCUGACAGUUCUGUACAAAAUUUAUUUCUAAAUAUUACACGUAUGCAUUCAAGAUUAUUAACAUAUAUUCAAGAGCAAGAUGAUAGUAGAGUAUAUUAUGAAGGUCUACAGGACAAGUUAACACAAAUUAAAGAUGCCAGAGCUGCUUUAGAUGCUUUACGAGAUGAGCAUAGAGAGAAAUUGCGUAGACAAGCGGAGGAAGCAGAAAGGCAACGACAGAUGUUAAUGGCACAGAAAUUAGCAAUUAUGCGAAAAAAGAAACAGGAUUAUUUACAGUAUCAACGACAAUUAGCUUUACAAAAAAUUCAAGAACAAGAAAGAGAAAUGCAAAUGAGACAAGAGCAACAAAAACAACAAUAUAUAAUGAGUGGUUAUCAAGCUAUGCCAGGAUAUAUGGGUCAUUCACAAGGAUCUCCAGUUCGUCAAAUGCAAUAUCAAGGACCUGGAUCAAAUUAUAAUCCUAUGUCUCCAACAGAUCAGGGUGUUUAUAUGUAUGGACAGCAUUCAAUGGGGCAAUAUCCUAUGCAAGGUUAUAACAUGCCACCAAUGAGUUCUCUACCCCCUCAUAUAAUAGGUACAAUGACAAAUCAAGAAUCAGCUGCAACUGAUUCAGCAGUUCAAUCGCGGGAAAAUGUAGGUAGAGUUGUAAUUACAAAUACUGCAAUGAUGCCUCAAGUGACAAAUCCUAUAACACAACUUCAGCAACCAACUGGUCAUCAGAUAGGUCCUGCUCAACAAGGUACUGCUAGUCAUAUUCCAGUGACACAAGUACCGUCAAGCCACAUGCCACAAGGACCUCACAAUUCACAAAUAUCGGGUCUACCAAAUCAGAUAGGUAUAGCUCAAUCAGUACCACCACCUACUAAUAUAGCUCCCCCACCACCAAGGCAAAUAGUUCCAGCGACGCACGCACCACCUGGACAAGUUGUACUUCCAUCACAAAUUGGACCACAACCUAUUGGUAUACCUAUUCCACAAGGAGCUCCAGUACAACAGCAUGUUUCUACCAUUAUUCCACCUCAAAGAACAACUACUAUACAAGUUUCUGGUGGAGGCGGUACUGGAAUGGUUCCAUCAAAUCAAUCUCUACAAGGUCCUACAGGACCUAAUUUAAAUAUGCAAGGAAUGACACAAAUUUCUGCUACCCAAGGCCAACCAUUUACAUUUUCACAAAAUUCAGCUCCACCAGCAGCAGAAAGUACUCCAGCAAAAGAAGAAUCAAAGCCUGAAACAGCUGAAUUAAUUUCUUUUGACUAAAAUAGUCCAAAUGGACAUGAGGUUAUACCAUUAUUACAGAUGCAUUUAGAGAAUUUACAGUUUCUUAAAGCUUACUCUGAAAUUAGAACAUUAUUCUAAUAUCCUUCUUAAAUAUAUUUAUUUACAAUA